GUGAUCACAGACGGUAUCAACAUAGGACGGCUGUGUUGUGGUGUCCGUCAUUGCACCGGCACACUCAGGACUCCACAAGAUCUUUGGUGUGCCACCCACCAAGCUCAAUGUACAUUCUGCGUUGUAGAAGGCUGCUGUCACCAUCAUUGUGAUGGGCACCGGACCUGCACGCUCCACGGGGGUGUUGAGGAGCAUCAUGUGGCCACAGGAAAGGCGAUGUUCACGCUGCGC